AUGGCAAUGAUGGUGGAGAAUAGCUACGGCUACGGUGGCGGAGGCGGAGAAAGGAUACAGCUAAUGGUGGAAGGUCAAGGCAAAGUGGUUCCGGCGCCGUUUCUGACCAAGACUUAUCAGCUUGUCGACGAUCCCGCGACAGAUCAUGUCGUCUCUUGGGGAGACGACGACACUACUUUCAUCGUUUGGCGUCCACCGGAGUUUGCUCGUGACCUUCUUCCUAAUUACUUCAAACACAACAACUUCUCUAGCUUCGUUCGUCAGCUCAACACUUACGGUUUCAGAAAGAUUGUUCCAGACAGAUGGGAGUUCGCAAACGAGUUCUUCAAGAGAGGAGAGAAGCAUCUCCUCUGCGAAAUCCACCGGAGAAAAACAUCUCAGUUGAUACCGAAUCAACAUUCUCCGUUCAUCACUCACCAUCCUCCGCCGCAGAUUCCAUUCUCCGGCGGCAACUCUUUCUUCCCUUUACCACAGCGCGUCGACGCCUCCGUCGACGACCAUUACUGGUGCGAGUCUCCGCCGCCGAGACCACGAGCCGUACCCUCAACCACCGUCGAUGCGCAACUCACGGCAUUGACCGAAGACAACGAGAGACUACGACGGAGCAACACUGUGUUAAUGUCGGAGCUCGCUCACAUGAAGAAGCUCUACAACGACAUUAUCUACUUUGUUCAGAAUCAUGUCAAGCCUGUUGCUGCUCCGAGCAACUCUUAUCUUUCGUCGUUUCUCCAGAAACAGCAACAACCUCCUCCGCCGCUCGAUUAUUACAAUAAUGCCACUGCCGCCGUUAAUAAUCAUAAUCAUAAUAAUCUCAAUGCGUUGAACUCUCCUCCUACUUCGCAAAGCUCCAUUACUGUUAUUGAAGAUGAUACUAAUCAUGAGGUUAACGUGAGGAAGACAAAGCUUUUUGGAGUUUCGUUGCCUUCGUCGAAGAAGAGAUCAAAUCAUUUCUCAGAUCAAAGUAGCAAAACUCGACUUGUGUUGGAUAAGUCAGAUCUUGGACUGAAUCUCAUGACUGCUUCUACACGUUAA